CAACAACAUAUCACUCCUACGAGAUACCAUUGAGUCGCGCUAGAACCCAUACAGCCUGUGCGUGUUUUGGAUUGACUUAGCUGAAGCUGUCUGCGUACCUAACAUUGUGUAAUGAAUUUAAAGCUAAGAAAUUACCCAUCACUUGCUCAGCAUCCCUGCAGCGCUUCGAAUGGCCUCAGCUUGCGUCGGUUGCGGCUCCAUGCGCAUGGAUGUCACCCUCAAAACGUUUCACACAGGCAAAGCCGCUCUGUCAUCACUACCGCUACAAAGGAGAUAUGGCUACAGACCAGUAGCAAGGCGGCCUUUCGAGCGGCCUUGGACUCCGGCUGCGUCUCUUCCUUCGUCUUCGGGCCUGACCCAGCCCAGUUUGCCCUAGCAGCGGAGUGGCAGCGAGGUGGGGCGUCCUCGGCCUUCCGGACGCUGCUUCUGAGUGAGCGUGGGGAGC